UCCAUAUCAAACCCCCAACUCAGAUAACACACACACUUCUGAUAGAUCACCAUAGAGAAGUGAAACACAGGUGAACCAAAACCAUGGCAGCCUCCAUGCAAGCAGCUGCUACACUUAUGCAACCCACCAAGGUGGGUGUGCCAUCUAGGACCAGCCUGCAGUUGAGGUCCUCUAAUGUUUCCAAGGCUUUUGGUUUGGAGCCAGUUGCCUCUUCUAGGCUCACUUGCUCUUUGCAGACUGAUCUUAAGGAGUUUGCUCACAAGUGUGUAGAUGCCACCAAAAUUGCUGGCUUUGCUCUUGCCACUUCCGCCCUCGUCGUCUCGGGAGCAGGAGCAGAAGGAGCCCCAAAGAGGCUGACCUACGAUGAAAUCCAGAGCAAGACAUACAUGGAAGUGAAGGGAACCGGAACUGCCAACCAAUGCCCCACCAUUGACGGUGGCUCCGACGCCUUUGCCUUCAAGCCAGGCAAGUACGUAGCCAAGAAGUUCUGCCUAGAGCCAACUUCCUUCACCGUCAAGGCAGAGAGUGUGAGCAAGAACGCCCCACCAGAGUUCCAAAACACCAAGCUCAUGACUCGCCUAACCUACACCCUUGAUGAGAUCGAGGGCCCUUUCGAGGUCUCCCCCGAUGGAACUGUCAAGUUCGAGGAGAAAGAUGGUAUUGACUACGCUGCUGUAACUGUUCAGCUCCCCGGAGGUGAGCGUGUGCCGUUCUUGUUCACCAUCAAGCAACUUGUGGCGUCCGGAAAGCCAGAUAACUUCACAGGAGAGUUCUUGGUACCCUCGUACAGAGGAUCAUCUUUCUUGGACCCAAAGGGCAGAGGUGGCUCUACCGGUUAUGACAAUGCCGUUGCUCUUCCGGCUGGAGGAAGAGGAGAUGAGGAGGAACUUGCUAAGGAAAACACCAAGAACACUGCAUCAUCAACAGGGAAGAUCACACUGAGUGUGACCAAGAGCAAGCCAGAGACCGGCGAGUUGAUUGGAGUGUUUGAGAGCAUUCAGCCUUCUGAUACUGAUUUGGGUGCCAAGGUUCCAAAGGAUGUCAAAAUACAAGGGGUCUGGUAUGCUCAGCUUGAUUAGAGUUAUUCCCUGUGUAUGAAUUAAUGUAUUUACUUUUCAUCAGGUUUUGCUAUAAUAUCAAACGGUGUUGCUGAACUUCUCUUGUAACCCAAGUUGGAAAGCAGUGAGAUCAUUAUCUUGUUGUA